AUGGGACGGAGGGUAUUAACAACCAUGAGGGGAACUGUUGGCUAUCUCGCACCCGAGUGGCUCUCAGGCCUGCCAAUCACCUCCAAGGUUGAUGUCUACAGCUUUGGGAUGAUGCUCUUUGAACUUGUAUCAGGCAAGCGAAACACAACGCACUCCGUGGAUGGUAGCAACAUCUUUUAUCCUUCGUGGGCUGCAAGAAAGAUUACUGAAGGCGGUAUAUUUAGCUUAUUGGACCAUAGAUUGAAUGGUGCUGCUGACACUGAAGAGCUAACCAGAGUCUGUAGAGUUGCUUGCUGGUGCAUUCAAGACUCUGAAUGUCACAGGCCAACAAUGGGACAGGUGGUGCAGAUCCUAGAGGGAGUCCUGGAGGUGAGAAUGCCGCCACUUCCUAGGGCUCUUCAGCUUCUCACGGAAGAUCAGAGCCAAAUUCGUUAUCAUUUGUCAUCCACUGAGUACGAAGAUGCACUUGAUCAAUCUCUGGAUUUCUAUCAGUAAGUGUCCAGCUACAAAGGGCACAUGAAUCUCUGCUGAGCAUGUCAAUAAUAUGUAACGUGUUAAAAUAGAGCUUAUAGCUGUUAUGAUCCUUAAGAUGGAUGUUUAUAUGA